CGUCAUAAUACGGAAGGGCUCAUGCCAGGCGGAAACAGCAGCCGAAAAACACCCACGCUGUUCAGCUUAAUGAUGUAGCCCAACCUCAUACAAAACUAGUAGCAUUUCCCGGUUGUCAUUGUACGUUAUCUCCGUCUGGGAAUUCAACUGGAACAUCUCUUGUGUGUUUUUGUACUGCAGAGAUUGUGGAAUGCUGCUGGACGAGACUCCACUUUUUGAGCCCUCCCUGCUUCAGGAGCUAGACUGGAGUAGCAACACUGCCUCCUUUUCUCCUGCCAUCUCCCCAUCCAGCCCAGGGGAAGGCCUGGUGCUCAGGCCGCUCUGUAUGGCAGACUUCAACAGGGGUGAGCCAGAGACUGGAUGGACAACAUGUUUCAGACCAGUACUGGAUUCUUCAAGGUUUUAUCUCAACUCACUCAGACAGGCGAUGUCACACCAGAGCAGUUCACGAGCUUCAGAAAAGUUUGAGCAUAUGAAGAAGACAGGAGACUACUAUGUCAUUGUGGUGGAGGACACAAAUCUAGGGCAGAUUGUUGCUACGGCCACACUGAUCACAGAACACAAAUUCAUCCACUCCUGUGCUAAGAGAGGCCGCGUGGAGGAGGUAGUAGUCAGUGAUGUGUGCAGAGGGAAGCAGCUGGGCAAACUGUUAGUUUCAACUCUUACUCUUCUCAGCAAAAAACUGAAUUGCUAUAAAAUCACACUGGAAUGUGCACCCAAAAAUGUGGCUUUCUACCAAAAGUUUGCCUACACUGCCUCAGAUGAGACUUACAUGCAGUGUCGAUUUCUCAACUGACGACAACAGCAGCUUUACACGUUGUUUUGGGGGCAUGGACCACACCUUUAUACACCCUGACAUUAAAACUUGCAUUGACAAAGUAUCUUAAGAAUUGGAAGAGCUGCCCAAGGAUGAAUUUGUGGUUGCGACACAGUUGAGUUGUUUCUGGACACUCAUCCUGAUUUCGGCACACUUGAGUAAACAUAAAUGUAUGUUGAAGCCCUCCACUGAGUCCAACAUCAUCCUCCACCCCUUUGGUAACCAUGGUUACCUCACCAGGGUGGAGCCCUGUCAUCAUCUUCCCCCACCAUCUGAAGAAAGGAAUGUCAGUUACUGUAAAUGUAAUGUCUUAUUGUGUUACAUUGUUAAGUAACUUGCUCCGUACUAGCAGAGAAAAUACAAAUUAUAUCUGCGUCUACAUGCAACUGUAAGUAAAUACAAGUGAGUAGGAAAUCAAUUUGGUACCAAAUUAAGUUAUAUAUCCGAAGCAACUGUUAAAUUAUUCACUACAGGCAACAGCUUCUCAAGUUCACUACAAAACCAAGUAUGCUUGAAGGAAUUACUUUAGAUCAUGAUUCAAACUUAAUCUCAUAGAUGCCUGUUGCAUUGACCAUCAAGGGCAAGUCACCAAAGAAAAUCAUUUGUUUCUUUAAAUGUGAUUAGGAACUUAACUACUCUAAGAGCCUUUGGGUUUUACUUGGGUUUCAUUUUUCUAAUUUGCCUCUUUGGUAAGCGCUCUCCAUCUCAGUAGGCUUUUCUUUCUUUGACUAGUGUUGGUGAAUAACUAUAAUGAAGGUUCGAUUACUAUAACACAUGAAGCAUUGCUAUCAAGACUGUUAUAAUGUAUAAUAUUUCUAGUGAACAAAAAGGUUUGUUGAACUAAUGUUCUAAAAGUUUUGUAUUUGGUUGAUAUUUGAAAUUUGAUCACAACUGUGAUGAGGAUGGAAACAUUUUCUGAUGGGAAAUGGAUAAAAAAAGUGCUUUUGUAAAUGAACUCUUAUUUAAGUUUCAUAAUUAUGCUGUUAUUCUGGAGAACAGGGGAACAUAUUUAAUGUAAUUUAUUUCCAAACAUGUAAUAGUCACAUAAAAUAUUCUAUGAUCCA